CUUAGGCACGCCACGUAUCCAUCUCACCUUUCCUACAUCCCUGCAAGGCCUGAGCCAUGAUGAAAGUUCAGAGCUUGGAAAAGGAGCAAGAAGCACAGUGGGAAGGGCUAUCCUCCACCACGCCAGGGAUCAAGCUUUCCAGAAAAGAUAGAAUUAAGGAAGCACCCCAAAGGGGCCAGAGGCGCAAGAGGACCACGUUCAACAAAAGUCAAUUCAAGAUCCUCAGUGAGGCCUACGAAAGGGACUGUUACCCCGACUUUCCCACCAUACAAGAGCUGGCCAAAUUAACCCAGGUUCCUGAGCCACGGAUUCAGCUCUGGUUUCAGAAUAGGAGAGCUCGAAAACGAAAGCUAGCGCAGAAGCCCAGUGUGGAAGACAACUCGGUGGGUCUGCAAGCCUGUGCCCACAGGUGCCCUUGCCAGCAGGGCCUUCAGGGAGCUUGGAGUGAUGCCAGCCAGCUCUUCUCGACAUCAGAAGCCAACUCUGGUCAAGCUGACCGGUUGGUCCUUGCUGGUGUUCUGACUGUGAAAGUGGUCAAAGUGGGACCACCAGCCCUGGAGGCGGGGAAGGCCAGUGCAUCCCCCUUCCCAGACAAGGUCGUGAUGGGAGGCCCCAGGGUACCCCCAGCUGUGGGGACCCCACCUGGUAAAGUGGAAAUGACGUAG